UCUUCCGCCACGUCUCAGCCACCAACACCACUGUCCCGAGCUCAUAUCUACGCCGGCAGGAAUUCGAUUUUCGAAACGGAAUUCUCAAUCUUCUUCUUCCGAUGGCAUUGUUUCGCGCCCUCGCUCUUUCUCUCAUCAUCAUCUUCUUUACUAUCUCACCGAUUCCCGUUAAUUCGUCUAGAUCCGAAGUCUCCUUAUCGCCACACAGUGAAACUUCCGAUAAAGUCUCAGUAGGACUGUAUUACGAGAGCCUCUGUCCUUACAGCGCUGAAUUUAUUAUCAAUAACCUGUCUAAGUUAUUCGACAAUGGUCUCAUAUCCAUUGUUGAUCUCAAGCUCGUUCCUUAUGGCAACGCAAAGAUCACCAACAACAGCACCAUCAAUUGUCAGCAUGGGCCAUCUGAGUGUUUUUUGAAUACAAUUGAAGCUUGCGCUAUAGACACAUGGCCUGAUCUGAAUACGCACUUUCCUUUCAUCAAUUGUGUUGAGAAAUUGGUAUAUGAUCGCAAGUUUCCGGAGUGGGAUUCGUGUUUUGAUGUAUUGGGUCUUGAUAGAAAUCCUGUUGAUGAGUGUUACAGCACAGGACAUGGAAAAGAGCUUCAACUUGCAUAUGCAGAUGAAACAAGUGCACUCGAGCCCCCACACCAAUAUGUUCCUUGGGUAGUUGUUAAUGGAAACCCACUUUUCGAGGAUUUUGAGAAUUUCAUGAUCUAUAUAUGUGAAGCUUAUACUGGAACAUACACUCCUUCAGCUUGCAGCAGCUUAGCCAUAACAGAAGAGAAAACUAGGAUGAAGGGGGGAAGAACCACUUCUCCAGUUUGCGAGGGUUCGGAGUCGAAUCUCUCGAACAUGAAAUCCCACGUUAAUUAUUGGGUUAGUCGGAUUGCUGCUGUAAUGUGGCAAUAGUUUGCUCAAUCCUGUUGUAAAAUAUAUAUAUCUUUCUGUUUUAGUGCCAAUUAGCUUGUUUAUUGUCUUUUUUAUUUAUUUAUUAUGUGAAACUUUUGUUGAAUUGUUGCCUUAUAAGUGGUAUCAUGAUGCAAUAUGUAGUAAAU